GUCAUCAUUUUGGUUUUGUCAAAGCUUCACCAUUUGUCACGGUCUUUUAGUUUGCUGACACCGAGAUUCACCGCAACUGCAAAGAUUGCAUUUUUGUUUUAUUUCAACUUUCAAGUUUCAAGUUUUCAACUUUCAAGUUUCAACAAACCAACAAUUACACCAUCUCAACCCAUAAAUUCUAAACUUUUUGAUUAAAAAUGAACUUUUUAUAGCAAUUUCAUCCACACCCACUUCAAAUUUGGGGUUUCAUUCUUCAAUCCUUUGAAAAAAUUCAGAUUCUCUUUAAAUUUUUCUUGAGAAUUUACAAGAAAUGGGUUGGAGAUAUCAAGCUGGAUUAGGAUUAAUUGGUACAGUUGUGUUUAUAUGGGUUGCUUCUGCAGAAGUCACUCAGAACAUAUUUGAAAAGUAUAAGCAACCAUUUGCACUCACAUACCUUGGAGUGUCACUUAUGGUAGUUUAUCUACCUAUAGCAUUUGUUAAAGAUUGCUUCUGUGGCUUAAUUCAGAGCUAUUUGUUCAAGAAGAAAUAUACCGAACUUGAUAUCCCGCUUAGAAUCAAUGAGAGUCAUCAGACCGUAGAAAAUGACCUGAAAACCUGUCUAUUAUUAGCUGACAAUGAUCAUCUAAGUGAAGAAAAGGAAGAAUGGCCUGUCACGAUCGAGAAGGAGAAGGAUGAGGAGGAGGACGACGACGACGAAGAGGAAGCAGCUCCCUUGAUCGAACAGAGCUGCAAACUGAGUUCAUGGGAAGUUGCCAAGUGUAGUUUUUAUCUUGCACCUGUCUGGUUUAUAACAGAGUAUCUAUCUAACUCGGCUUUAGCGAAUACAAGCGUUGCAAGUACAACUGUCUUAACUUCUACCUCGGCGCUCUUUACUCUCUUUUUUGGAGCUAUUCUGGGCCAGGACUCUAUAAAUGCCGCCAAGUUGGUUGCUGUUUUCAUCAGCAUGGCUGGUGUUGCUAUGACCACGGUUGGGAAAACUUGGGCAACAGAUGAAAUGCUGAGCAGCUCUGAGACAACAAGGCAUUCCAUCACUGGAGACAUAUUUGGUCUUUUCUCAGCUAUAUCCUAUGGCUUAUUUACAGUGCUGCUAAAGAAAUGUGCUGGAUCAGAUGGAGAGAAAGUUGAUAUGCAAAAAUGCUUCGGCUACAUUGGUCUCUUCACCUUUCUCGGGCUUUGGUGGCUUUUGUUUCCCCUGCAGGCUAUAGGGAUUGAACCAAAAUUUACGUUUCCACAUUCCGCAUUUGUUAGUGAAGUUGUGCUAUUAAAUGGCUUUGUCGGGAGUGUUCUAUCCGACUACUUUUGGGCACUUUCUGUGAUAUGGACUACUCCGCUGGUCGCAACAUUGGGUAUGUCCUUAACAAUUCCUCUAGCAAUGGUAGCGGACAUGGUUGUACAUGGCCGUCAUUACUCCGCAAUCUACAUUGUAGGGUGCAUUCAGGUAUUUGCAGGUUUUAUCAUAGGCAACAUUUCAGACAAGAUCUUAGUGAAGAGAGAGUUAUAACAGCAGCAACAGCCAUAAUAUAAAAUCUUGUAGAUAAGGAAUAUUGACAGGCGGUUGCAUACUUCCAGAACUUUCUCAAUUAUCCUGUGAAUUUGCUUUGCUAAUGCAAUUCUUGAGUGUGGGAUUCUUAAGCAGUUGGCAGUACCACUAUUGUAUCUUUGGAUGCAUCAUUAAUGUGUUCUCCAUGAAUUUUUAUCAGUCAAUUUAACAGCUUUAUCAUUAGUGCAUAACAAUUAUGUUCA